AUGAAGGCAUACGAUAUGAAUGCAACGAAUGCUCCCGCGGCACAUUCAUCGCGCAGAUGGCCAGAGAAGUUCCCGGAUGAGCUUGAGCCGGAGUUCCUCUGUCACAUAUCCGGUUGUCGCGUGAACCCCCAGGGUUUCCGAAGCAAGUACCAUCUGCAAAGACACUUGCGAGACGUCCACAAAAGCAACAAGCAAGCUGACAGCGAUGACCACGGUGACGACAUUGGCCACGACAUUGGCCACGACAUUGGCGAUGACAUUGGCGAUGACAUUGGCGAUGACAUUGGCGACGACAUUGACGACGUUAUUGACAAUGACAACGGCGACGGCGAUGACGAUAUCCACAACCACGAUUAUAUGGGGCACGAGGAUGACGACCAAGACGCUGUUAACAACCUCCUUGAUAGCAUCCUGGACAACAAUUGUAGCGAAGGUCACGUCAGAGAUGGCGCCGAAGGUAGCAACGAAAACGUGGGUUGCAUCAUUGUUUCCACCAAGAAAAAGGACGACGAUGCCAACUUGGAGGUCGACGCCAUCACGGCGCCUUCUAUUUCGCCCGUCGAUGCCAGUUCGGAGGUCGACGGCAACCUGGACGUCGACAGAGACUCCAGCACUGGCGGGAAGGUGGAGGAUGGCAGGGCAAAUGGUGGUGGCCACAUGGUCAUUGACAUAUCGGACGACUCGCACGACAAGGACGAAACCGUCAAGACCGAGGAUGUGCGACCAGCACCGGCUACCGCUUGCUCACUACGAAAAAGGCGACGUAGUGAUAAGGUCGAGGAGUAUCGCCUUCCUCGCCUUCUUCCUCGUCCCCCUCUUGAUGCAGCUGCGAGUUCUCACGACUUGGACGGGCCUAGAAAGCGUGUUCGCAUACUAGAGGCAGACAUUCCAGAGCUACAGCAGAAGCAGCACCACGCGAGAAUGGUGGAAAGACUGGCAGCCUUGGAAAGACUGCAUGUUGAGCACACGCAAGAUCUCGAGUAG